UCGGUCGACGACUCAAGCGGCUCAGCCGGCAUAUUUUCACGUGUUUGUAUUCAACAGACGAUUAACGUUUUUGCAGUUAGUACACGCGUCAAUAGGUAUUAUUCAGCAAGAAAUUUAUGUUUGAGUAGGUCAAUUCCCUGGAAUAUUUCGCCAAACAUUUUUAUUUUCAUUAAGCGGAUAAUUGCCAUUUAAUCUUGAAUCGGUAAAUCAGUGCCGUGCAAUGUGAGAUUGCGCGCGGUAUACGUGCGUGGAACAUGCUCAGUCAUGGGAUCACAACGCGCGCCCGUAGCCGGCGACUCUGUAAAUCCGCUUAGACGGAAAUUCUGAUUAUAUCAAUUCUAACGAAGCCAUUUCCACUUGAUUGAAUUGCUGCUGCUUUAUUACAAUUAAACCCGGCUCCUUGCCAUUUUCCUUUACACACCAGCGUAUACACAUACGUUGCAAGUCUUCCUGGGGAUAAUCAAAAGUGACAAGGAUCCCACAACAUUACCGCUCCGAUAUGCAGUAAGUUUUUCACGACGCAUGUAUGCAAGUUGCCGAUGAUUGUGGUCAGUGCAUCUGUCGCAGGAUAUCAUCUGUAACGUCUAACCCGGUAUUCACGUAAUGCCAUGGCCACCAUUGCGAUAGUCGCUAUUGUACGAAUUACUGCUUUUUUUCUGAAUUGCGUUUAACCGCGAAUAAAUAUCACCAUGAAAUGCGGAAUUUUACGGAAAUGAUCCCAUUGUCAAAUGGUCCGAUUUGUUGCGGGAGAAUGUAUGUUGGUAUUCUGGCCUGGAGGCAAAUAUAAAUACACAGAAGCGGUCGGCAAUUUCGCAUACUGCGUGGAUAAAUGGAGUAUAAAUGACUUUCUGUGAAUGAGAGAAUAUUGAAACCAGGAUCCGGAAGAAUUUUGCAGCCACUCAUCCGACUCUGUUGAAAGAUAUCCCCGCGUCAUCAUUCCGCAUAAUUAUAUUUCCGCCGCCAAAUUGACGCGCACAACUACAGAUCAUCGUCCUGUUCACCGCAAAAAGAACCAUGCAGCCGGCAACAGUGAAUUUAAUGCUGCACUGUAGCCUUUGUUCAGUACAUCGUUAAUACGAAUUAAUCGCACACCAGGACUAUUUAUUUCUUUUUAUUUCAAUCUUAAUCAUUAAAUGCGUCAGUGGAUGCGCGAAGCACGCAGUCUAUCCGGGGCGGCAGUAUGGGCAGCACCGAACAGUAUCCCCUCGAUGAUGUCGAUCUGUACAAGACCGGCAAUAUCUCGGUAUUAUCGGUAGCGGAUUAUGAUUUUGAUACGGUGUUGGAUGAUCAUUAUACACUGCCUAAUGAGGUCCAAGUGGGAUUAUUUUUUCUCUACGGUAUCAACAUUUUCAUAUCGGUAGCCGGCAAUAUUGUCGUCAUCUUCGUCUUUACGUACGGACAUAAAUCCCGCACGGAACUGGCGCCGUUCCUCAUUAAUCUCGCCGUUUCCGAUCUCAUCAUGGCCAUCGCCUGUAUGCCCUUUACAUCCACCCAAGUUUUAUUGGGCAAAUGGAUUUAUCCACAUUUUCUUUGUCCGGCCGUCUCCUUUAUGCAGCACACAGCGGUGUCUUCCAGUAUCUACACCCAGACGUUCAUCUCCAUCGACCGGCUGCGCAGUAUCUGUCGGCCGUUUCGGACGCGCGGCGCCAAAUCCCCGCGUGACCUUUGCAAGAUUCUCGGCUUUAUCUGGCUAUGGUCAUUAGCGCAGGCCAGUGUCCAGUUCUACGUCAGUAAAGUGCAACCGUUACACACCUAUGACGUCACCAACGGUUCCAUGACCUAUUUGUGCCUGGAGACAUGGCCGUCGUGGCCGUAUGAUCAGUCGAUCGACUGGAGCAGUAUCUACAGUCGCUUCUACACAAUCUGUGUUUUUUCCGUGGAUUAUGUUAUACCGCUGCUGUGCAUCGGCUGUGCAUACACGUAUGUUGGGCGGAAACUCUGGGAGCGGACAACGCCGGGUGAGGCAUCCGAUUCCCGGGAUAAGGUUCAGUUGCAGUCCAAAAGAAAGGUAGUCAAGAUGCUGGCUCUGAUGGUGCUCUCGUUUGGAAUCUUAUGGCUACCGCUGCAAACAUUUUUUCUCCUCCAUGACUUCUCAACGUUUCUGACAGAUCUCCGGCCCAAAUACUAUCAUACCUUGUUUGUCACUUGUCACUUUGUGGCUAUGCUUUCUGUCAUCGUUAACAUCAUAAUUUACGUACUGGUCAACAAUAAUUUUAAAAGUGAUUUUCGCUAUUUGAUGCGCAAGUACUGCUGGAAGCGUCUGCCCCAUUCCGAAGCGCACCGGCAAGCCGUGGCAUUGCGUCGCACGCCGGCUAUCCACUACCAUCGUCGCCCGGUACAACUUGCCAAGGGCUAUUAUUCCAAUGAAAACUCCCAAUCAUCCCCCGUGCAUCCCUACAAACGCCCAAUAUCCGUUCCCUAUGAUCUGCAGUAUGUCCGUUGCGGGAAGACUUUCCUGCAGCAGCCCAACGGUUCCGUGAAACUGCUCACAGUCGGGCAGAACGGCACGACGACCAGCGUGCGCUGUAAUGGCACCACGCCCUUGUCGACGUCACCGAUGCGUUCUUACAGUCAAAGGUCAUUACCCAACAUCAGGCCGGCAUCGAAACGGGGCAAUUUCUCGGAUUAUUCUAGUAAUUAUUCCGAUGUCUAAUCUACAUUUAAUUUUCUUAAUUAGAAAUUGUAAAAGCUUAGUAGAAGGUAUACAUUGCACGGCAUAUGCAGUGGUAUGUGCGUUGUACGAGUAUACGGUGAUUUUUGCAGAUUUUAUAGUUUUAUAUAACUAUUCAAAGAGAAGACUGUGAGCUUAAAUUAAUAAAGCACAA